AUGCUUCGAUCUACCUUAAUCCUCAUCGCUGCCACCACCGUCUCGGCCCUUGAACUCGGCUGCUUCUCCGACACCAGCGAAACGCUCUCUAGUUUCGUCAACAAUGGCUCUUACACUUUCCAGUCAACCGGAUAUUGCCAGCAGGUCUGCGGCACCAUUGGACAUAGCUACUAUGCGCUAAAAGGCAGUGACUGCUGGUGCGGUGAUGCGAUCCCCCCUAUCAGUGAUAUGGUCGAUGAUAGCAAUUGCAAUAUUCCUUGUGCUGGCUAUGCGAGACAGAACUGCGGUGGCAUCAAUGCCUUUGAGGUCUAUCUUAGCGGAGACACGACUGCGAUUGAGAGCAUCGUCAGCGCAUACUCGGCCGCCGCCACGGCUUCGGCUACAGUCGCUGCAUCCGACAGUACUGCUAUUCUAUCAACUGCCACCGCUGCGUCUUCAGAAUCGUUUUCGGUUUCGAGUAGCGCUGCUUCUACAACCUCAGCAGCAAUUCUCCCAACGGCUACAACUACCAAAGUGUCAUCUUCCGCUGUGAUUAUCCCAUCGGCGACAUCUACAAGCACGAGUGUACCUACUGGUGCGGCGGUGGCGGUUAAUGUGCAGAUCGGCUUUGGUCUGAUGGCUGGGUUGAUGGCUCUUACGUCUUCGCUGUAA